AAACACCUUAAUUCCACGGGAUUUAUGUGGAAAAGCUAUCCUAAAGAAUUGCAAAAGAUGGUUGUAGACAUUCUAUCAACUUUCUUUUUUCCCUUUUUCCAAAGUUAUUUAGAUUUACAAGAUAGCAUCGAAAAACAACAACUAUACUCACCAGACUCCUUAUUAUUAUUUUUUUCAUGGUAACUGACAAAUUGGUAGAUAGUCUUCAAUUCGUUUCCCAAGAUGCAAUCAAAGCCAUCAAGACCUACAGUCAGCUAUCUGCAAUUCGUGUUAAUCCUAAUGGUCUCAAUCGAUUUUUAGCUUUUUGUUUCUACGCUCAAAUCAUUCGCACACAAUUACAAUAAGGUCUAGCUAUUACUAGAUAGAUUAACUAUUCAUGCUGAUAAACUUAAAGCUGCACAAAAGACUUGCAUCUCUUGAAUCUUUGGUGGUUCCACUUGUUCAACAACAACUACAAUUUUCCAUUUGUUAAAACUUCCAACCUAUACAUGAAUCCUUCAAGCCAAGUUUUUGCUUCAAUCAUAUAGCUUA